ACAAAAAUAUGAAAAACAAGCAAAAGCGGACACAGCACAAGUGAAUAUAUAAACCCUUAGAGCAUCCAAAUCGAUGGUUUAGUUGUUCAAUAGCAAAGACCUUAACAUGGUGAAAUUAAUAUUUUGUUUGCUUGGCUUUUUCGUAGCAGUUGCACUUGGUGGCAGCAGCAAUUUCGAUGAGAGUAAGGGCUGGUUUGUGCCUCAAGCGGAUGGCAGCUUCUCGUGGAUCUCGCAAUCCGAACACAAAGAGCGUAUAGUAGUCGCCGAACGCGCUUCUGUCACCGUGAAGUUUUACCUUUACCACCGUUCGAAUCGUGGCGGCCGGGAAGUACGACUCAAUGAUGCAUCCUCCCUCUCUGCUGCCGGUUUCAAUAGAAAUUGGCCGACUCGCAUUACCAUUCACGGCUGGAAUAGCAAUCUGAAUGCCGGUGUUAAUGUUCAUGUACGAAAUGCGCUUUUGGACACCGGUGAUUACAAUGUAUUCGCUGUCGAUUGGAGUGUUGACGCGCAGACGGUCAAUUAUGCCAGCGCACGCUAUAAGGUUUCCAGUGUUGGUGCUGUGGUCGCUAAUUUCGUCGACUUCCUCAAUGGUCAUGGUAUGUCUUUCAAUUCACUCGGCUUGGUCGGUCACAGUCUGGGCGCACAUGUUGCCGGUUUCACUGGCAAGAAGGUGAGUCGGGGUAGAGUGCACACCAUUGAAGGUCUUGAUCCUGCAUUGCCUCUAUUCAACUACGAUGAAUGCUCGUCGCGCCUUUGCAGCAGUGACGCUGAUUAUGUUGAGUCCAUUCAAACUGAUGGCGGUCAAUUGGGCUUUUUGCGUCCCAUCGGUAAGGCGGCCUUCUAUCCGAAUGGCGGUAAGAGUCAACCGGGUUGCGGCGUCGAUUUAACUGGCGGUUGUGCUCACGAACGUGCUGUGCUUUACUAUGCUGAGGCUAUACGCCAGAACAAUUUCCCAACUAUGAAAUGUGGCAAUUACGAAGCGGCUGUGGACAAGAGUUGUGGUUCCACCUAUAGUUCAAUACGUAUGGGUUCAAAGUCGAACUACGGCAUAAGUGGUACGUACUAUGUGCCGGUCAAGAGCUCCGCACCAUACGGUUAUGGAUCAUAAAAAACGUGUUUAUGGAUAAUAAAAUGCAAUGACUUAAUAAAAUUAA